AUGCCGAACCCAUGUGGUGGUUUGAGGCUAAUGUCGGGGAGGAUGAUGGGACAGGCCCGGUCGGUUCAUAACGGGAAACCAGCACAGACACCAUAUCCCCAGGUCGUGCUCUUUGGCGACUCGUUAUUCGAGGCAUGCGUGGAUGUCCAGGAUGGCUUCUCCUUCUAUGCCACUAUCCAAAAACACUGCCUGCGGCGGUAUGAUGUUGUCAACCGCGGCUUCUCGGGCUACAACACCUCGCAGGCCCUGAAAAUCGCGGAGGACAUCUUCCCAGAGCCGGGCCCCGGCACGCCGAAGAUGAAGUACCUGAUCGUCCUCCUAGGCGCCAACGACGCGGCCAUCCAGCUGGAUGACGACAACCAGGGCGUGCCGCUGGAGCAGUACAAGGCGAACCUGGCGCGGCUGGUGGCGCACCCGCGCGUGGCGGCGCACGGGGCCAAGGUCCUGGUGGUGACGCCGCCGCCGCUGGACGAGAUCCGGCGCGCGGAGCUGGACACGCCGCAGUACGGGCGCGCGGUGCGCGAGCAGGCCCGCAGCGCGGCGUACUCGCAGGCGGCGCGCGAGGUGGCGGCCGAGGCGAAGGAGAAGGCGGCGGAGACGGGGGCAGGGGCAGGGGCGGUGGUCUGUGUCGACCUGGCCAAGGCGCUCAUGGACCACGCCGUUGCCAACACGACGGGCUGGGACGCCAGCCAGCCGCCGCUCGGGUCGGCGGCGGCGGGCGGCCGGAGGGGCUACCUCGAGAAGCUGCUGCCUGAUGGGCUACACAUGAGCGGCGAGGCGUACCGAGUGCUGUGGGGCCUGAUCGAGCCGGAGAUUGAGCCGCGGUUCCCGAAUGAGAACACUGAGGGCUACGUGUGGCCUGGGUGGAGGGAGGCGCCGUGGCUGGAACCCGGGCAGUCUGUGUUGGAGAAGAAUGCGUUGAGGUAG